CAAGCUGAUUAGAGCAGCCAGCAGCAGACACAGGUGGUGCUCGGUGGUAUCUGGCCGGAGGAGCGUACACACAACAAGCCAUGAAGAACGAAGGCAUAGAGGGCACGGAGAGGUUCCUGAGCCCGGACAGAGGCCGGGGCCUGCGGGCGCUCCGGCACUUCGCGGUGGGGGAGCUGGUGUUCGCCUGCCCUGCCUACUCCUACGUGUUGACAGUGAACGAGAGGGGAGCGCACUGUGAGCACUGCUUCACCAGAAAAGAAGACCUUUUUAAGUGUGGUAAAUGUAAGCAGGCCUACUACUGCAACGUAGACUGUCAGAGAGGUGAUUGGCCCAUGCAUAAGCUGGAGUGUGUAGCCAUGUGUGCCUACGGGGAAAACUGGUGUCCGUCGGAAACCGUCAGACUGGUGGCCAGAAUCAUCAUGAAACAGAGAGUCACAACAGAGCGCACCCCUUCAGAAAGACUGCUGCUGCUCAAAGAGUUUGAAUCACAUUUAGACAAGAUGGACAGUGAGAAGGAGGAGAUGAACCAGGCAGACAUAGCAGCGCUGCAUCACUUCUACUCCAGACACAUCAGUGACCUCCCUGACGAACAGGCUCUAACGGAGCUCUUUGCACAGGUUAACUGUAAUGGCUUUACCAUAGAGGACGAGGAGCUCUCCCAUCUGGGCUCUGCUGUUUUUCCUGAUGUAGCACUGAUGAAUCACAGCUGUAGCCCUAAUGUCAUAGUGACCUAUAAAGGCACAGUGGCUGAGGUCAGAGCUGUUAAAGAGAUAAACCCAGGAGAGGAGAUCUUUAACAGUUACAUCGACCUGCUCUAUCCUACAGAGGACAGGAAAGAGAGGUUGUUAGAUUCCUACUUCUUCACAUGCCAGUGUACAGAGUGCACCACCAAGUCGAAGGACACAGAAAAAAUGGAGAUUAGGAAGCUGAGUUCUCCACCAGAGCCAGAGGAAAUCAGAUCCAUGGUCCGUUACGCCAAGAAUGUCAUCGAAGAGUUUAGGAGAGCCAAACACUACAAAACCCCCAGCGAGCUGCUGGAAAUGUGUGAGCUCAGCCAGGAGAAGAUGGGAGCUAUUUUUGCAGACACCAACGUCUACAUGCUGCACAUGAUGUAUCAGGCCAUGGGCGUCUGUCUCUACAUGCAGGACUGGGACGGCGCUAUGAGCUACGGAGAGAAGAUCAUCCAGCCGUACAGUGUACACUAUCCAGCCUAUUCUCUGAAUGUGGCGUCUAUGUAUUUGAAACUGGGGCGUCUGUAUUUGGGACUUGAAAAGAAGACACAAGGAGUCAAAGCUCUGAAGAAGGCUAUUGCCAUCAUGGAGGUAGCUCACGGAAAAGAUCACCAUUAUGUAGCAGAGGUCAAACGAGAAAUCGAAGAACAGAAGUAAAAAAAAAAAAAAAGAGGAGGAGCACCUUUUAAAGAAAGUGGAGCUGAAGGAGCAAAAAGAUUCAAGAGAGACACUCCAGAGUGACAAACCUCUCUAAAAGCAACAACAAAAUACACAUACAAAAUGCAUGGCAUGCAUCUUAUACCUCUCAGUUUUUUAAAAAACUUUUUUUUGUUCCUACUUUGUCGUUCUGUCUGCCUCUCUUUGGGCAGUUUCUUUUACAUGUCUACUGUCAACAUUUUCUGGCUGAGGAUGACCACAUUUUGUAUCUGCAGCAGCCAACUUUCUGUCAGACCUGCUCCUCAAUACAGACAAAUUAGAGGUACAUUUUUUUGGAAUGAAAAAAAAAAAGAAGCAUCUGAAAUAUUUCUCUUGUUGUGACCUUGAGCAUCAUUUGAAAAUGUUGGUUGGUUUAUGCUGAAGCUCAGUUAACCCAUGCUGUAAUUAGGGAAAAAAAAAGAAGCACGAGUGGGGAAAAGAAAACCUUUCAAGCUGCCUUUCAGAAGCACCAAAGCUUUCAUGUGAUAGCUUAAUUUUCUGAAGUGACAUUUUGGCCCUGUUUUUCUUUCCUGAUGAGUCUGUAAUCAUUCACUGUGUGUUUGUCGACCCCUAAACAGGCCGUUUCACCAUCAUGUAUGUCUUUGGCUGCACAGUGUUGCUCCAGAGCAGUUGUUCAUGAUUUAAAAAUCAGUGCAAACUGGUGAGUAGUUGUUACAGAGGGCAUUACUACUUAUUUACAGCCAAUGCAUUUUAACUCUAUCAAAUAUUCCGCAGCAGAGUUUCUGACUUCACUGAUUCUUUGUUUAAACUGUGAAAAAGAAAAAAAAAAAACUACGACUGACCAUGCACCAGGCACUCUGUAGCAGCAGAGAAGAGAAUGCAACAAAGUAUUCCUGAAUGAAUAACGAGUAGUUUUAUUGGCUUGUCUUACGGUAUGUUUCGCUUGUUUAAAGGAACCAGAAAGUGUUGCAUGUUUGACUGUUUCUGUUUGUAUGUGUGUUUUGUUUCGUGUUUUUCACAUGAGGCUUGUUGACCAAAUGGGCCACGGGUUUAACUGACAAGGAACCAGCUAUUCUGUCUACUCACAGUGUAUCCUUAACCAGGGGUGCUGAAUUGAGACCAGUUUGCCUCUUAAGUCGCAGUGAAGACAUUGGUCCUGUCACUUACUGAUGAUCCUGGAUCAGAGCCCCUUCGCUCUCAGGAAUAAAAGGGGCAACACUGUAGCUUUUGUUGCCUUUUGCCAAGAUCAACAUUAUCGUACCUUUUUGGUGUUUUCUCAGAAGCAUUGUGCAUCCAGAUCAUCAUUACCCUGCGAAUUAAGUCACCAUAGCAGCUGUGGGCAGGAUUUUAACAUGCACUCGAACUUGAUAGGAUACAUCUUUUGCAUACAACUGUUAAUAAGAGUUCGAGGAGUGUCGUCCUCACCAGAAACCUUCUAUUUAUAGGUUACGAGAAUGAUAUAUUUGUUUUUGCAAUUUGUAAUUGCAUCUCCCUUUAAUCUCUGCUUCAGUGUGAAGUACAUUUUUGCACUCUUGUAAUUUGAAUACACUGAUGUAAUUUAAAAUACAGGAAACUGUAUUAACAAUUCAGCUUUUUGAAGAAGCAUUACCUUCAGCAGGAGAAAAAAAAAUCUGUGUGGCUGUUAGAAAAAGAAAACACCUGUUGACAGCAGGGUUGGUCAUUCAUGCUGGAAGUGUUGUCUGUGGUUUACAGUUUUAACUGACCCCAGCCCUCACCCUCAAAUCACAAUAAAAUUAAAGGUCAUUGAACUGUAUUUCUCCUGAAGAUUUGAUGAAAUCAUACAGAAAUACCAGGCGACUGGACUUUGUUGAUGCUGAGUUAAAUCUGGCCCUUGCAGUGUGUGAGCAAGCAUUUAAAAAGCUAAGUUAAAGUAAUGCAGAGAUCAUCACCUGGGCCUUAUGGAAGGGUUCCUGUUGCACUCCAAUUUUGUACAAUUUUUGUGACAUAAUGAUGUCGAAAUGGAAAACCUAUAAGCACAUUUUGUUUCAUUUGAACAGUUUCUGAGUGGAUAGUUGGCCUGGCUGCAGUGUUUACUUUGCACUGCCAGAGAAACUAAAGUCACAGAUCGAAUUCCUUUAUUCUUAUUACAUGCCUGUAGCCUCUCCAACCUGUUUACUAUAGAAGCAGUUUAAUGCACCACAUAAACGUGGCUUUCUGGCGGUUAGAAAUAACCGAAUGUGAUGAGUUGCCUGUGGUCAUAUUUGUAGCAACUCCUGCAUAUGUGACUCUUUUUGUCACCUGCAAAAAAAAAAAAAUGCAUCUAGAAGGUGCCUGCCUUACAGCUUUGCCUAGGUAAUCCAAAAGCACCAGUUCAGCAACUUUGUUCCACGUGUACAUUUUUGUGUGUUUCUGUAAAAUGGAAACACACAAUGCAAAGAGAGUUUAAAGGCUGGUUGGCACCAACCAAAAAAACAUCUAAACCCUCUGUUGGCCAGAUUUGAGCAGUGUAUUUAGGUUCUGGUCAGACACGAGGAAAAUACACAACAUAUACAUAUAUAUAUAUUUUCUGUGAUGUCUUCAAAGAUAAAACCUGUGGCACUCGUGUUUAAACAGUGAAAUCCAUAGUCAUGCUGCAUGUAAACCAGGCGAAGAGUAACUGAAAGGCCACCUACAACAUGUUUUCUGUUUCUGUAAUGAACUGUUAACUUUAUCAGGCAUGAAUGUUGUUCUGUUGGAAUGCAUUACUAAAAUCUGAGCCUCUGGUUCUUUCUGUACUUUGUCAGUGGAACUCAAUAAAUGACAGUAUGGCACUUGCUUUGCUGUAUAUUUGAUCAACUGAAA